CCCGGGUCUGGAAAUCACACAUUUGGAGGAAAAGUUGAGCUGCAGCUCUCCACGGGGGAAAGCUAUGCUAAGCUAACGCUACCUGACGCUGGCUGGCUCGGAUAUGGCCGCUCGGGCCUGCAAGCUAACAUGAGCAGUCUGUGUUGGCCGUGGUGGCGAUGCGGCGCUUACCCGCCACAUUACCCAGCAGUGUGCCAGGUGCACUGAGACAGGAUGAGUACAAUCAAAAGUGCGCUAACCUAGAAAUAUGGAGGUUUUGCUGUGAGCUGCAUGGCCGCCCCGUUCCCCUCCAGUAGCAGAAUGGAUGCGUGGCCACAAAGGCGAGGCCUGCAGACUAUGAACCUGCGGUCAGUGUUUACAGCUGAACAGCAGAGGAUCCUGGAACGUUACUACGAUAAUGGGAUGACCAAUCAGAGCAAAGCUUGCUUCCAGCUAAUACUGCAAUGUGCUCAGGAGGCCAAACUGGACUUCAGCGUUGUCCGGACAUGGGUUGGCAACAAAAGACGUAAGCUCGCCUCCAAGGUAGAGCAGAAUGGAGGCAUGUCUCAUUCCUUAUCCAGUCAUGGCCUCGCCGGGGGACUACUGUCCAAUCACUCAUUAGCCGGAGGUGCUCUGUCCAAUCAUGGCCUGGCGGCAGGGGCAAUGCUCCCCGCUGAAAUGACCGCGGCGCGGAACAUCCAGAAUCGUGUGCACCUCCUCCCUCCGUCGUCUUCCUUCCCUUCUUUCUCGUCGUCAUCCUCCUCCCCUUCCUCUUCCUCCCCCCUCAGCAGUGGGAGCAACAGCAACAACAACAACAAUGACGUCAUACUGACCGGGAUCUACUCUCUCAACUCCGUCCCUCGCUCCCGACCGAAACCCGCAGCCCCGCCAUCUCAGUCAGACUCUGAGCUUUCAGCGCACCCAUCCUCCUCAUCACUGAUCAACCAGGCCCUGCAGAGCAGAAACAGCUCCAGCUCCUCACCUCUACACUCCAAGCUGGUGUCACUCUCUCAGAACCCGCCAUCCCUCACAUCUGCCUCAGGGCCUUUAGUCUACACUGCAGUCAGGAAGGGGAGUCUGUCCCUUGGGGAGGCGGGGGUAAGUGCCGGAGCAGGGGUGGUACCUCACAGCUGGACUAGGCAGUAUGGUACAGCGCAAAAUCGCCCUUGGUCCUCUUCCUCCCAGUCCCAGACUCAGCCCAGACCUCACUCUAAUCCCCAACCUCAACCACCUGCCCCACAGAAGACUCGGGUCUCCCUCCCAGUCCGAAACUCCAGUCCUGCCUCUGACCUGACACCUCGUAUCCAGCAAGUCUUCACCUUGUCAGAAAAAGUCAAGGGGGACAGACUUGGGCCUGAACUCGCGUCUAUUCGGAAACUUCAAGAGAGUCAUAGGCCGGUGCCCCAUCCUCUGGACACCAGUCAUAACUUCUCCAUCGCCAUGGAAACUGCAGACGAAGAAGAUGAGUGGCAAAGGGAAGAGGAAUUGGCAAAUAUGGCCGCUCAGACUCACAUCAACAGGGAGCAGACGUCACCGUCUGAGCCGUCUGUGGUGAGCGGAAGCCACACACCUCCUAUGACUAGCUCCAAAACCGCACUGCUUCACGGCAACACAGCUCUUCAGGGCAGCUACUCCCUCACAGCACAGACCUCACUCACAGGGGAAUCCAGCUCACAGACUUCGAUCGGUGUGUGUGCUGCCCCCUGGGUUAUCAGCAACUCCAGAAAGAGAACACUGCAGGAUCGGACCCAGUUCAGUGACGGGGACCUCAUUCAACUGAAGCGUUACUGGGACCGAGGCAUGACCAGCCUGGGCUCAGUCUGCAGGGAAAAGAUCACUGCUGCAGCAAACCAGCUCAAUGUAGACACUGAAAUAGUCAAGACAUGGAUCAGUAACAGACGGAGGAAGUACCGUCUGAUGGGUAUUGAAAUCCCUCCACCUAAAGGUGGGCCUGCUGUAUUCACAACCUCAUCCCCAGGAAACGAAUCUCCGGUGGCGCUUAGCCCUGACGAGGAGCGGCUCAGAACGCCUGACCUCGGAGAUGACUUGAAUGAUGGGGGAUCUGUGUGCCUGUCAGAAGAUGGCACCAUCGACUCACAACACAGAGACGGAGAAGAUGGAACAGAUGUGACCACUGCUGCUCCACUGGCCAAUAAUGUGAAGAUCGAAGUAAUUGAUGAGGACGAAGAAGAAGAAGAAGACGACGAUGAUGAUGAUGGUGGUGAAAUUGUGGCCUCAGAAAUAGAGCAAAUGCAGAACCUGCUGGAAUUCAAGCAUGAAGAAGUACAGUUCUUAGAGCACGAGCUAGAGAACCAAAAACAAAGAUACCAGGAGCUUGCAAGCUUCACGAAGAGCCUGCUGAGCGCUGUGAGGAAUAAUGAUCUGGAGAGACAGCAGGAACUCAUCGCCAGUCUACCUCAGCCUUCAGACCAGGACUGGGACAUGACUGUGAAGAGGGGAACUCAGCCUGAUGCUGUGUCAGAAGAUGAAUUCUCCAACCACGACGAGUCCCCGGCUGCUGGUGCGAGCGCCAUUGACCCCACACAGGCACCGGCGAACGACAAUGUCCCACUGGUCACCAUAAACGAAGACGGUUUUACAACUGAAGUUACUGAGCCCUCUGCAUCAGAGGAGCAACUGCAGGGAGCAGUCCAAGAACAAGAGUGACUAUCUCAUGUACAUCAACUCACGCACACGCUCAUACAGAUGUUUCCACACUCCACACAGAAGCUGGACUGUAUGGUCUUACAUUAACACAAACACUCUGAUAAACUCAUGCUCCACGCCCAGUGCCUGUGGAUUGAUGCUUCACUAUGACUGUUUGGGCUGACAAUGCCUUUUUUUACUGCAUAUCAUUCGCCUUGCUCUGGUCCAGUCCAGAGAGAACAAUAAACAACCUCUCACUUA